AUGACCAUCAAACUCAUUGGAUAUGCUGCCUCAGGUCCUACCACUAAAGUUAUUAUAACCCUUAAGGAAUUAGGUAUUCCUUACGAACUCGACCCUCCAGCUACUUAUCAAUCUCUAAAGGAUGAUGAUUAUAUCAAGAAUAAGCAUCCAUUUGGAAAAAUGCCAGUCCUUUUCGAUGGUGAUUUUAGAAUUACCGAAUCUCGUGCAAUUUGUCGUUACUUAGCAUCUAAAUACCAAGGCAAAUAUAAUGAUACGAUCUUGCUUCCUAACGAUGUUCACCAGGCCAGCCUAGUCGAUCAGUACAUUUCUUAUGAAUCAUUUUACUAUGACCCACCACUUUCAAAAAUUGUAUAUCAAGAAAAAGUCGCUAAAAAAUUCUUUGAUAAAGACCCAGAUCUCGAAGUUAUUAAAGAAAAUCGUGAAGAACUUGCUAAAGUUUUAGAUGUUUUUGAGAAGCUUUUAGAAGGAAAAGAAUAUUUGAAUGGCGAAUGUUCUUUAGCUGAUCUUUUUAUCUGUCCCAAUACUUAUCAUGUCUAUUGUAUUGAUGCACAUUCUGAUUUAUGGGAUAGUAGGCCUAAUGUUAAAAAUUGGUGGAAUAGGUUGUGUAAUAGGGAUUCCGUUAAGACAACUUUUGAAGAAAUCAAAAGUUUUUGGGAAAAUAAUUAG